ACAACUGCAGGAAUGACGAUGUAUAUAAUCGGUAGAUAGUCAAUAUGAUGCCUACACCUGGCUAUAAAACACCAAUCGCUUCAUCUGCAGAGCUGGUGCUACAACGCUUCUAGGCAAGUAUCACAACUGGACUCCGCCAAAGAAAGAUGAACGAAGGUGUUGUUCUAAUUCUGUUUGUGCUAGUCGGGUCCAGUGUGGCAAUAUUCUUCACCUCCAGCAAACAGAACGACUAUCCUAGGAUCGGCAGGAGGAGUUUCUACACCAGCAGUAAAGAGAACACGUACCCGAGGAUUGGACGCAGGUCCUUAGAAAACACAUACUCUAAACAGACUCUGCCCGAGAAGAGAGCAAUGUACACGACUAGCAACGAAAACAGCUACCCCCGCAUAGGCAGGGGCGUGUUCACGGCCAGCGGGGACGGGAACAGUUUUCCUCACAUAGGCCGCCGCAAGAGCUCGAGUGACGAAGGCUCUGACGACGAAAAGAGUACGUCACGAAACUUCUUUGAUGACGUCACUAACAGAGAUACUUCGCGGACACCGUUUCAUACGCAGACGAUUUCAAUGAACUGGGACUUCAAUGGUGAUGGGGUCAUUUCCCGAAAAGAAUUUCUCCAAGGUUUUCUUCACGGACGGAAAAGGCGGAAGUAGACGAAACAGCCACGUGGCUAUUUGCCAUCGUUUACCAAGCGGAGGUUGUGAAUAAAAUGAGUAACACUAUCGUACACUGACAGCUAAACCAUAAUUCAAACUACAAAAUUGGGUUUGCGAGAUUUUUAUUUUUAAAUUUGUGAAAAUAUUUUCAUUGAGAAGAUUGUAAAAAUAUUUUUAUUUAAAAAAAAUAAAAAAUAUUUUCUUGGAGGCUAAUGCACCUAUGCGUCCCUUAACUCAAUUGAUUAUAUAACUAAUCAUACGUUAUUGGCCAAUCAAAUCGCUUGUCGCUGUUAAGGACGCAAAGUGAAAACGUGCUUUAAAAACGAAGUUAAAAAACUUAACAACUUGUUGAUCGUGUAUUCUUUUUCAAAACUUUUAUUAGUUUAUUUUUAUUCUUCAGAGAGGAUUUGUAUCUAUUCGUAAUCACUUUAAGAUUUCAAUAGUAUCCACACCCGUAUUGCAUUUAAAAUAAAAUGGUUAAAUACUAAA